AGACUGAGCAGGUUUGGGAGCUGGACGGGAGGUGUUUGUAGUGACUUGCCAAUGGAUAUCAAGCAGCUGGUGUGAGGGACCCCCUGCCCCCACUGGCCACAGGUCGGGCAGCAGAGGAUCCCUUAAUCCCCCCAGGCCUUGGGCAUUGGCUUUGGUGUCAGCCCCUCAGUCUGCCACCCCCGCUCCCUGCCCCCCUCCUGGCCAAGGACGGUGCCGCCUGCCCACGUGCGGGACCUGGGUGCAGCCCAGCUGGUGUCUCUGCUCUGGCCCUGAACACUUCCACCUCAGCUGGUCCAGCAUGCUGGGCACCGUUCUGCUGCUGGCCCUGCUCCCAGGGAUCACCACCUUGCCCAGCGGGCCACCUGGUAUGUAUGGGCAGGGAGGUGACAGGUCUGUCAUGCUUCUAUCCCUGUGUCACCCUCUUUAUUUUUUUUGAGAUGGAGUCUUGCUCUGCCACGCAGGCUGGAGUGCAGUGGCGCAAUCUCAGCUCACCGCAACCUCCACCUCCCCGGUUCAAGUGAUUCUCCUGCCUCAGCCUUCUGAGUAGCUGGGACUACGGGCGUGCACCACCACGCCUGGCUAAUUGUUGUAUUUUUAGUAGAGACAGCGUUUCCCCAUGUUGGCCUGGCUGGUCUCUAACUCCUGACCUCAGGCAAUCCGCCCGCCUGGAACCUCCCAAAGUGCUGGGAUUACAGGUGUGAGCCACCGCGCCCUGCCGAUGUCACUCUUUCAACUAGACCUUGGUGGUCCUCCUCACGGGGGUGGGGACAGGGCAGGGGAGCGGGGUGGGGUCUCUGUCCCCCAUCCCAAGGGUGGCUCACAUCCCCACUUCAGCAAAGCUCCUUGCAGCCCCGGAGAGGGCCAGAGUUGUGGGAAGGGGCCAGUCUACCCAGGCGCUCUUCAGAAGUGGGUGUGGUGUGGGGAUGGACAAGGGGGCUCAUGCCUGUAAUCCCAGCACUUAGAGAGGCUGAGGGGAGAGGAUCGCUUGAAGCCAGGAGUUCCAGACCAGCCUGGGCAACAUAGACCCCGUAUGGCCGUGGUGGCGAGUGGCUGUGGUCGUAGCUACUCCAGAGGCUGAAGCAGGAGGAUGGCUGGAUCCCAGGAGGUGGAGGCUGCAGUGAGCUGUAUUUGCACCACUGCACUCCAGCCUGGGCGACAGAGGGAGACCCUGUCUCAGAAAACAAGAAAAAUGGAUGUGCAGGCAAUCUUUCGUAUUUGGAGAUUAUCCGUUUUACCAGGACCCCGCUCAGCACCUCCUGAAGGCAGACAUCAGCUGUGUGUUUAGGGGCACGGAGAGGGGAGGGGAUCCCAUAGCUGCCUCAGCUUGGACAAGUGGAAGCGUCUCAGAUAUUGGUGGCCUGGCUGGGCUUUGGCUGUGCCCAGGAGAGCCUUUAGGGAGGGUAUCCUCUUCUCUUCCCUUCCUCGUUGGUGACAGCACCUAUCUCCCCUUAGAAAGGGGAGCCGCCGGUCCUGCUGCGUCCCCAAGAGCAGCCCUGGGGAAGGUGGGGGAGCUCUGACUUCACCCAGCCGGACCCCACCAUCGGGUGCUCGUCACCGCUUCUCUUCCGCCCCAGGGAGGCCUUCGCCAGCUUCGGAGGCUUCUCUAGGGGCGCAUGGCUCUGCAACCCGCUCAGCUGCUGGGCUGUGCGGGUCCCAAGGGUCGCCAGGGGGCACAUCACCCUCGCGGGAACGUGGCGCGGAGCCCAUCAUGUGUGAAUCAGCCGCCGCAACCGCAUCCCUUUUCCAAAGGCGGCGGCGGGGUCGAGGUGGUCGGGUCACUUUUCCCGGAGGCCUAAAGGGCAGCGCGCGUUUUCUCUCCUCUGGGCCGCCCUUCCCCGCCCCGCCAGCUCCCCCGUUCCCCGCGGCGCCGGGCACCUGGCUGCGCAGACCCCUCUUCAGCCUGAAGCUGUCCGACACAGAGGACGUCUUUCCGCGCCGCGCGGGGCCGCUCGAGGUCCCGGCAGACAGCCGCGUGUUCGUGCAGGCGGCCUUGGCCCGUCCCUCCCCGCGCUGGGGCUUGGCCCUGCACCGCUGCUCAGUGACGCCGUCCUCACGCCCGGCCCCGGGGCCCGCCCUGGCUCUGCUGCGCGAGGGCUGCCCCGCCGACACCUCUGUCGCCUUCCCGCCGCCACCGCCGCCGCCGAUCCCGGGUGCCACCCGCCCCGCGCGUUUCAGCUUCCGCCUGCGCCCGGUCUUCAACGCCUCGGUGCAGUUCCUGCACUGCCAGCUGAGCCGCUGCCGCCGCCUCCGGGGAGUCCGCCGGGCGCCUGCGCCUCUGACGCCGCCGCCGCCAUCGCGGUGUCUGCCUCAGGACGAGGCGUGCGCCGGCACUGGCAGUGGCAGCGCCGAGGGCCUGGCUGCCGACGGCCCCCACCUGCACACGCUGACGCAGCCUAUCGUGGUCACCGUGCCGCGGCCGCCCCCCAGGCCGCCCAAGAGCGUCCCCGGCCGCGCCGUGCGCCCUGAGCCUCCCGCCCCGGCCCCCGCGGCCCUGGAACCCGCGCCGGUGGUGGCGCUGGUGUUAGCAGCCUUCGUGCUGGGCGCCGCGCUGGCCGCCGGGCUGGGCCUCGUCUGUGCGCACUCAGCACCCCAGGCCCCUGGCCUGCCCGCGAGAGCCUCGCCCAGCGGUCCCCAGCCCAGGAGGCCCCAGUGAGGAAGACCGAUGGAAGAGGCCAGUGGUCUGCUGGGAAGGGAGGUGGCCCGCGUAGCGUCCCCUCCCUCACUGAGCCUCAGCCACCCCUCCCAGGGAUGGUGCGCCCCCAACGUGGUCCGGAGAUACACCCAGCUACCAAUUCGGGACCAGGACCAACAGGACCGGACCCGCCUCCCUGGACCUCGGACCUGAUGGGGCCACGACCCCUGCGCUUCUCUCCUCCCCCUGUCCCUCCCACCUGUGCUCAAAAUAAACCUCUGGACUGACCGGCUAA